UCAACGCUUGAUUCCGUUCGGCGAGCGUGGAAAUCCGUUGCGGAGUUGGUUAGGAGCAUUAUCUGCAAGGAAUUUUGGAAAAAUGGCCCGUACAAAGCAGACUGCCCGAAAGUCUACGGGAGGCAAGGCCCCACGUAAGCAGCUGGCCACCAAAGCUGCUCGCAAGUCUGCACCUUCAACUGGUGGCGUGAAGAAGCCCCAUCGUUACAGGCCUGGUACCGUGGCUCUGCGUGAGAUUCGUCGCUACCAGAAGUCGACGGAGCUGUUGAUCCGCAAGUUGCCGUUUCAACGGCUGGUGCGUGAGAUCGCGCAGGAUUUCAAGACGGAUCUCCGCUUCCAGAGCGCCGCGAUCGGUGCGCUGCAGGAAGCCAGCGAGGCAUACCUGGUCAGCCUCUUUGAGGACACCAACCUGUGCGCCAUCCAUGCCAAGCGAGUCACCAUCAUGCCGAAGGACAUUCAGCUGGCCCGGCGGAUCCGUGGCGAGCGCGCCUAAGCUGGCGACGCAAAAUCGGCGCCCGAACACCCUCCACUGGCCGCCGCCCCGCUCAUAAAGUCUACUGCCAAUAACCAGGAGUCCGCGCAGAGAAUGUGUCCGCGCGUGCGCACGGCCUACCGCGACCCGCGCUUGCGGCGCGCGCGCAGCUAGGUUUUAUUUAUUCACCUCCCACAGUUCCACACACAUGGUCGGGGCUCCGUGUUGUCAGGUGUUGGCCUCUGUCGCGGCAGUUGCGCCCCGCCCGGCUGUCCGGUUGGGCGAACGGCGGGCAGUCACGCUGUUGGCGGAAAGCGCCGCGAGGUGGAGGCGCCGCUUGGUGUCAGUCGUGUGCGUGACUCGGUGUAGAAUCAUUUCUUUUGUAUCGUUUCAUCGAAUGUGUAGGACGAUCUCCACGAGUAUGACAGCCCCGUGUGGACGUUAUGUCGGUGCUGUUUUUGCGCUUGAGCGGUCCAAGGAGGUGAAUUUUUUUCUUUUUCCGGGAUGCAAAAAUAUGGCACAUGCUUGAGAAUUGUUUUAAUGUAAGUGAUUUGCUCGUGUCUUCCUCACGUCAUCCGUGUAUAUAGUUAGUGCUGUUCCACUCUGCAUGUAUCGUUUCAGGCCAAGAUGUUCAUUUAGGAAAGGUUUCUUUUCAUUGGCCACCAAAUAGUUGGUCUCGUGAUUGCCUAAAACUUAGUUAUAACAUUUGUUUUUGUCUAGCAUGGAUGUGUGGGUGUGUGCUUGAGCAUCUUUUUUAUUGUAAGAGAUCUGUUUGGACAUUUGGAGGUAGACUGGAUUCAAGUGCAAGUACAAAAGUCUGUCCAACUCUCCAAAUUUCUACAGACUGAGAAUAGAUUGGAUGUAAUACAUAUCGCGUCUCACU